CUUGAGUUUCGGAGGGAGGACUACUGACAGGCGCUUAUUUCGGCGCCACUGCGCCACUGUGCCGCAACCCCGUCUGAAGAUCUGAACCUGCCUUUCAAAGCUUCAUCUACCACUGUCAUCUUCCGCACAUGUUCGCGUUCACCCUGCCACGCCUGACUGCCCUGCCCUUCGCUAUUUCUCGGCCGGUGCGCCCUUUCGUCCAAACCACAGUCUGCGAUAGGCCGGCGCGCCCUGUUUCGCUGUGCACCUCCCGAGUGCACCCACCGUCGACGGAGCCGGCCAGACACUACGUCGCAUCACCAGCCAUCUCGUACGGCUCCGAGACGCUCUUUUAUCCACGAGGCGGGUAUCUUGGACACCGACACGACCCUCAUCUACAUCCUGAGCUCCGCGUACAACUGCUGCGUCUCCGCGACCCGACCGGCGCGACGCUCGACGAUAACACGUCGCAAUGCGACAGCCCCGAGGACCUGACCUUCACGAUCGGCGGCACCGAGUACACCUUCACUGCCAAUUCCCGGAUCUGCCCCUGGCCGUGCUCUGUUAGUGCAUCCGCUCCCUCUACACAUGCAUGUUCGCUCACUCGAUUCCCGCAGCUGAACACGGCGAUCGUCCGCACCACUGACUACGUCGACGACCUUGUUCGACAAGCAACAGCCUGGCGAGCAGGUACCGGCCCUGGGCAGGAACCGGGCAAGCCACCGCCGGACGAGCAGGAGCCAUCGAGUGCGAGGCGCGCAUGAGCCCGCCUAAGACGAGACGAGGGUGGCGAGCACGAAGACACCAAGUGUCGGGCCUUCUUUCCGGGUGUAGGACGGGCACGACAGGCAUGCAACGAUCGAGCGAGAACCUGACGAAUAUGCGGCCACCGAGCAAGAGCUGGGGUAACAUGAUGCAGACGAGCGCGAGGCAUGAACGACGAGACCAAACCCGCUGGGCUUGUGCUCGGCAAGCACGGUACGGGAGACGAACCCCGGGAUCACCGUGAGUUGGUGUGGCGGCGGAUGCGAACACCUUCUGCAUCUCUAAAUGUGUAUAGUUCACACGUACAUAUGUAGUUACUCGCAAUAUAUCUGCCUCCAUGCCUGCA